CAUUUGUUUUUUAUUCGCGUUCUAUUUUUGUGUGUGACGGUUCCGUCCGGCCGAAGAAGGAUUUAAUUUUCCAAAAUCUUGAUGAAUUUUAUUUAGAUUGUUGAAUAAUUCGUAAAAGAUCUCCAGAUUGCACUAAAAUAUCAACAUGCAGAACGGAGACGGUACGCCGGCGGCCGGGGAAACCACCAAGAAGCCAAUGCCUGAAGAGGUGACGAAGCAGUCUUUCCGCGUCAAGGUGUGGCGUCACUUGGAGACCAAUGGGCUGGCGAUGUUCCCGCGGCCCGUGUACAACCGCAUUCCCAACUUCAAGGGUGCUCCGGAGGCGGCCGCGAGGCUCGGCGAACUAGAGGUCUUCAAGAAUGCCAACACUAUCAAAGUCAACCCUGAUAAGCCACAGGAACCUGUGAGGGUGAUGUGCCUGGAGCAGAAGAAGACCCUAUACGUGCCAGUGCCUCGCUUGCAGAACGGGUUUCUGAACCGAUUGGAGUUGGAGGGGGAGACCGGGCCGGCCGCUAUCAAGCAAGCUGUGUCCAGGAAGGGCAUGGAGACCCACGGCAAGCCUAUUGGUAUUGAAGAUUCCGUGACUCUCGAUCUGGUGGUGAUGGGAUCUGUGGCCGUCUCCAAAGAGGGAUAUCGCAUUGGCAAAGGAAGAGGCUAUGGAGACCUGGAGUUUGGCCUAAUGAUGCACAUGAAGGCAAUAAAGCCCAACACCAUUGUGGUGACCACGGUUCACGAUUGUCAAGUGUUCGACACGCUCCCGGCCGAAUUGUUCGGCCCCCAUGAUGUCCCGAUUGACAUUAUUGUCACCCCAACCGAGGUGAUUGAAACCCAACGCAUGAGCCAACGGCCCGUGGGCAUCCUGUGGCAUUUGCUGUCCAACCGUCGUCUGCAACUGAUGCCGAUACUCGGACAACUGCGCGACAUCGAAAUGCUCGCCGGCCGGCCGUGCGUGCUGAAGGAGGUGGACACGGACGUGGAGGAGCGCGGCGCGACGCGCGCGCGCAAGCUGCGGCGCCGCACGCGCUCGCACAAGAGCCACAGCGAGGGCGAGGGCGGCAACACAACGGAGGGCGAGGAGGCCAAGUCGAAGCCGCGGCAGGCGAGUCGCCGCCGCAACAGCAACAAGUCCAACAAGGAGGACUCCACCAAGAAGGAGGAGUCGCGAGUGCGCCGCCCCAAGCGACCCAAACCUGUCAUCGACUUCUCUGUCAAGAUAUCCAACAUCAGCCCCAACACCCGAGUGCGCGAUCUGAAACAGGCUUUAUCUGAGCGCGGAGUCAAGCCUCAGGUGAUGGUGUGGAAGGGCUUCCGAGGAUUCUGCUAUCUGCACUUCUUCAAGCCUGGCCCGCAGAAGGGCGAAGGCGAUAGUGCGCCGGCGCCGGCCAACAUGGAGAGCGUGCUGGCGGCGCUGGCGGCGAUGUCGGUGGGCGGCAGCGGCUGCGGCGGCGACGAGCCGCGCGACGACAAGCCGCGGCUGCUCACGGUGGAGCCCGCCCCGCCCAGGAACGAGGUGUCGCAGGUUCCAGUAAACGUCAUCCAUUGAGUCCCUCGAGCCGAACAUCACGUACCGACAUCACGAACACCUUUUAUUUCUAAAACACGCAUGUAAGCUCGCUUGUCGCACGCGGAAACGGCUCCGUCGCAUUCCGAUCCUAAUCGUUUAGAGUUAAGGUUGAUUUUCCUUUGCGCCGGCCCGAAGAACGACUGCUGAUCGCACGCCUUGGCUAAGCUUAGAUAAAUGAAUAGGCGUAAGGUUUGCCACUGAAGAAAUUUAUCUAAGCUUACGGGAUACAUUCGUCACUAUAAGAAGCAUUAGUGUUUAAGAAAUGAGCCAUUGGCCUUGUGCUGUGCAAUCGGCGUUAUUAGUCGCAGGUCGAAUUUGCUUCCGGAUAAUAAAAAAAUAACAUUUAUCAUUAAUAAGUCUGUUAAAAAUUACUCUUUAGAUGGAAAAUACUUACGCGUCAUUGUCUUUUGAUGAUUGAAGUUUCAAUAUUGAUGACUGGUCCCUAUAAAAUUUGUUAUAGUUCUAAUUCAACCAUUUUGAGGUCAAUUUAAAAUUGGUCUUAGGUAUAUUUUUUCACAAGCGCUAUUUUUUUAUUGUGUGGAAAUUACAUUUCUUCCUGCGACACUAUUACCGGAGCGAUUUUAAGUUUCUUUUCGAUUUGUUCGCUGAAUGGUCUUUUGUUCUUGUCGUUCCUAAGGCCGGCCAUGUGUUAGAGAGAGUGAGCUAUAGUUUAGAAGACACUUAACGAAAAUUUAUAUCUCUAUAUGUAUGUUUUAGUUUUCUCUAGUCUAAAGUUAGAUGUAACGCUGUGUACCUAGGUUUAUUUCAGAUUGUUUUCAAUGCAGCUAUGUUUUAAGCAUUCUUCCAUAUUAUUACGAGAAAGAAGCUAUAUUUUUAGUACGGAUAGUAUAGAAAAACUAAAAAGAAAGUAAUAUAUUUUUUAAACUAUUAAGGUGCUUAAGAGCGGGGUUCUAAACUGUCUAUAGAAAUUAGUUUGAAAGGAUUUGACUAGUGUUAAGUGUAUUUAUUUUAAAUUGCAUCGUUUGGAGCCCCGUUUUUCGUCCUACUGUGUAUUUGUGCCAACUUGAAGUUCAUAUAUUGCAAUAACUUUUAAUGAAAUUCGCUGUUCCCUACCGUAGUAUUUGAAUGAAUCUCCAACAUAUCUCAUUUAUGUAAGUUUGUAUAACGGUCCCUCGAUGUCAGUUACUUUUUCAGUAUUAGGUUACGUAUAAUAUAAGAUUUUGAAAGUAAUAUAUAAAUUGACAUAAUAAGAUUUAAACUAUUUAUCUAUUAGCGGACGUACGUUCGGAAAUUAUUGGUCUCUUAGUGUAAACAAAGAUGUAUUUUAUAUAGAAACAGUGGAUUUAUAUUAAUGUAUUUUUCUAAAUUUGUGGGUUGAAUUCGGCAGCAUAAUAUAUGUAUUUUAUAAGGUCGUAGGCACAGUGGUCACUGAAGUGAUAAUGUAAUCAAAAAAAUUGAGAAAUAAAAUUCAAUUAUUAAUAUUAAUUUAAUAAUCUAUUAGUUCUGCUAUUAUACGCAAAUGUAUUGUCAUUAAAAUUGUAAAGAACAUUUUAGUUUUCUGAAAACAUUUUGUAUACGAACUAAGGUUUGUGAUUCAAGUAAUUCUAUAUAUAACUUGAGGAAAUUUCUGGAGGGACUUUCAUGUCUGUCGUGACCACUGUGACGAAGCACUAUUCUAAGCAUUUUAUGUAGUCAAGUCAUUCGCACACGGGGUUACCCCUACCUAUUGUUACUCUCUCGCCAUUUUAAGCACUAUGAUAUUUAUGUAUAUAACUUGUUAACAUAUUUUCUAGUUUAUUUUGUAAUCUACGUUGGGAUAGCAGCAUGGAUUCGUUUUUUGUUUUGUAUUUUUUUUAAUAAAUUUAUUAAACACUUA